CGGCGGACCUGUUCCGGAAGUCGAAGGGAUCGCAGCAUUGGCGCAGAGCUGACAGCGUUUUGCCGUUUCUUUCGUCCUUUGGAACCGGAAAGACCAGAGCUCGGAGAUGUGUGGUAUAUGGGCCUUGUUUGGCAGCGAUGAGUGCCUCUCAGUCCAGUGCACCAACGCUAUGAAGAUCGCACACAGGGGCCGGAUUGCCUUCCGCUUCGAGAACGUGAACGGCUUCACCAACUGCUGUUUCGGCUUCCACCCUGCCAUUGUGGACCAGCUGUAUGGCAUGCAGCCCCUGCGCAUCAAGAGGUUCCCCUUCCUGUGGCUCUGCUACAAUGGAGAGAUUUACAACCACCACACGCUCAAGAAGCAGUUUGAGUUCGACUACCAGACCAAAGUGGAUGGCGAGAUUUUGCUGCACUUGUACGACCGUUUUGGCAUCCAGAAGAUGGCCUCUCUCCUGGACGGCGUCUUCGCCUUUGUCCUGCUUGACACCGCCAACAGAAAAGUGAUGCUGGGAAGAGACACCUACGGGGUCCGGCCUUUGUUCAGACUUCUUACCGAUGCCGGAUUCCUCGCAGUCAGCUCAGAAGCCAAAGGUCUAACGGAAAUCACCCACUCGAUGUCCACGCCUGCCAACAUUGUCCCGUUUCUCCCGGGGCACUUCGAGGUCUUCAACCUGAAGCAGAACGGGAAGGUAGAGUCCGUCCAGAUGGACCGCUUCCACUGCUGCACAGAAGAGCCUUCCCAUGCCGUCUACGACACUGCCGAGACGCUGCCUCCAGGUUUUGAUGAGGAGACGGUGAAAAGCAACAUCAGAAUCCUGUUCGAGAAUGCUUUACGGAAACGCCUCAUGGCCCACAGGAGAAUUGGUUGUCUUCUGUCAGGUGGUCUGGACUCCAGUCUGGUUGCUGCUAUGCUGAUGAAGCUGGCUAAGGAGGUGAAGCUGGAGUAUCCCAUCCAGACAUUUGCCAUCGGGGCCGAAGAUAGUCCAGAUGUUAUUGCUGCUCGCAAGGUGGCAGCUCACAUCGGAAGUGAACAUCACGAGGUGAACUUCACCACCGAGGAAGGCAUCCGAGCUGUCGAGGAAGUCAUCUUCCACUUGGAGACCUACGACAUCACUACUGUGCGCGCAUCAGUCGGCAUGUACUUGGUGUCAAAGUACAUCAGAGAGAAGACGGACAGUGUGGUCAUCUUUUCUGGAGAGGGCUCUGAUGAGCUAACCCAGGGGUACAUUUACUUCCACAAGGCCCCGAGCCCUAAAGCAGCCGCAGAAGAGAGUGAACGGCUGAUGAAGGAGCUCUACCUGUUUGACGUACUCCGCGCCGACCGCACCACUGCUGCACAUGGGCUGGAGCUCAGAGUGCCUUUCCUGGACCACAGAUUCACUGCGUACUACCUUUCCUUGCCGGAGGAGAUGAGAAUUCCCAAGGACGGCGUGGAGAAGCACCUUUUGAGGGACUCUUUCAAGGGUCUGAACCUAAUCCCUGACGACAUCCUGUGGAGGCGGAAAGAGGCGUUCAGUGAUGGCCUAAUGUCCAUAAAGAAGUCCUGGUAUACAAGCCUGCAGGAGCACAUUGAGUCUGAGGUCAACGACGUCCAGCUGAAGAAAGCUCACAAGACCUUUCUGCACAACCCACCCAAAACCAAGGAGGCCUACCACUUCAGGCAGGUGUUUGAAAAGCAUUACCCGGGCCGGGCCGAAUGGCUCUCCCACUUCUGGAUGCCCCGCUGGAUCAGUGCCACUGACCCGUCGGCAAGAACCCUGGCCAUCUACAAACCUGACAAGGACCAGUGAUCCACUGGAUUAGAUGUGGUUUCCUGCUUUGCUUUUGUUGUGUGUGUGUGUGUGUGUGUGUGUGUG